CUGAGACCCCAUAGUGCGGAGUCUCCACUCACUGUUCGACAGUUCUUCUCUGCGGGCCGCACCACCACGGCAUGCAUCUCGGUGGCGGGUCAGCGUGCUUUAUUUCCAGUCUUUUGGGUGGCGCACGUCAGGCUCCCCUGCAAACGGGUCAGCUUGCACCCGUCGUUCGUUCUAUCUUUUCAGCCUUGUGUCCCGCUAGCUGCCUGCGCCCGAUCGCCGCGAUGGCUUGCAUCCGGUCACCUUUUGGAGCUCACGACGUUAUUUGCUCGCCGGUGAUGCUGCAGGGCUAUGACGCCCGCUCGUUUCCACCUGACUGGCCCUGCGGUGUAUAAUCUCUCCGCGCAGCGCUCUCUUUCGUUUUGAUAGUGAUGGAUGUUAGGGACUUCGACUUACAGCUUCAACUAUGGCAGAAAUUACGUCUAUAAUAUCCCAUGUCACGUGGGGUUGUCGGCUCUCGCUGGCUCUCUACAGGUUCGGGGCUCUAUCUUCAGUAACGAGAGACAUGAACCGCAUCGCGAGGAAUGUGAGCCUAUUCUCCUUAACGCUGAAGCAUAUUGGAGCAACAUUUAAAGAGGAUGAUUCCAUGCCUUCUUUAGCGGCGUCUAAAACCAUUGAAGAAAUUCUCGAUCAAUGCCAGAACAUCUUUAGGGAAAUCGAGGCUUUAGUGCCUGUGGAUCAACUUCAUGAGAAGCAUGAAGAAAGUUCAGCAUCUUUGGGAUUGAUUCGAGCAUGGAAAUGGUCUCUUACCUCCAAGACGCGGAUAGAUUAUCUCGUCGGUUAUCUUAAGUCUCUCAAGUUGACACUCUCGGUCAUGCUUCAGUCGUUGUAUACGGCCAAAAUAAUCCGAUGGACCAGGACCCAUCCAGCAAUCUCGCCUGCUAGGAUGGCCGAAUCUAUCCAAAAUGAGAAACUCCAAAUGGAAAUACUCAUUAUAGAGCAGCAACUCUCCUUAUUUUCCGCAUCAAAGCUUUACGAUGAGCUACGACGAAGCGAGGAGUUUUCAAGUCCACGUCUUCUAGAGAACAAUGACACCUCCAACAGCAUCAUCGUCAUUGAGGAACAAACGAAGCUUUCCGCGAUGACACCCACUAGUCUCGUCCAGUAUCAGGAGUCAUCUCUGGCUCAGCUUCCACACAAGGACCCCGAAGAGUUGCCGCAAGUGCUUCUUGUUUCCACUGGACACAUUGAUCACUUGAUUGCCAAAUGGACACGGCUCCAGGAAAUCUUGGAGGAAAUGGACCGCAUGCAACGCGAGGCUGAAGAGCAAACAAGGCAGCAACAAUACGACCAAAGACAAAAUCAGCAACCAACAGUCGAGUCUGAUGACACUGAUGACCAGCUCGGGGCAUUGCCUGGCGUCAAGCGCACUGGACGACGAGUCCCAGCACCUAUCCCUCAACGGCCAAGCAGCAUCCAGCCGCUUUUCCCGGACUCACCAACACUCCCGAUACCAGUUCCGGAUAUCAGAUUUGGCUCGACAGCACCUAUAUCUCCGCCUUCAUCGCAAUAUGGCGUUUCUCCUAGAUCAUCAGGGAUCUUAGCAACGUCGCCCAGUCUGCAUAGUCAAUCUCCACAAUCCCCUCGUACAAGUAUAUCGAGUCUCCCCGUUCGUGCGGCUGCGGCAGUGACGGCGAAAGACGAAGACGAAAGUGCAGACUUGCAAAUUCCGUGGCGAAUAUGUGUAAAGAGACUGUACUGGGAAUAUAUCGACGGUAAGGUUGUACGAUCUAACACGGAGCUUCCAGCAUCGACGCCUUUCACUGAUCGAAAUUCCUGGACGGAGAUUCUGGCUUCCUGGGUUUGUAAGGAAGCCUUAAAAGAAGGAGGAUACGACUACACACAGAUAAAGAAGGAGCGGAAUGAAGGAGGACGCACAAAACUCGAGACCGCCUUUUCAAUUCCUCGUCCACUCACCUUUGCUGAAGUCGAAUAUCUCGUCGAGCGAACAGUAGAAAUGUAUCGCCAACGCCAACGGCCCCGUUCACCCAAACGUCGCUCGUCUUCCUCUUCGAAUACUCAGCACUACCCCGUCCAACCGCGGAUUCCCAGCGCUGCAGACCGUACACCUCGUCCUUUUCCACCACCAAUCCAGACACACCCACCCCCACUGGACCGCGCAACUACGUUCCCCGGGCCGAAUCCGAACUACAACCCCUUCUCAUACAGUCCUGCUUCACUGAACGUGCAGCAUCAAUCAUACCCAGCCCCUUACGCACCACACUACAACCAAGCACCGCCAACGCCCCGUUCCGCGCACCAGGGAACGUCCUUCAGCAAUGAUUCUCCGCGGUCGAGUACGCAUAAUCAUGUAUCAUCGUACUCGACGUCUCAUCUUGACGUCUCCACUACCUCCGAUAGUGAUGUGCCGGCUAAGCCAAAAAGUCGGCGAAGCUCGAGCGGCAGCAGGCGAAGGCCAAGUUCUAGUGGAAGGAGGAGCGUCGGGAGCAGUGCGGUGGGGACCUUAGCGAAGGUGGGAGGGCUGGCAGUGCUGUUGGAUGGGAUCGUGUAGCGGGGGCACUUUUGGAUUAGACAUUCAUAGCGGGAGCAAGCGGAAUUUGUAAGGUUUAAUAAUAAACAAAAGGAUAACAGUACUAGCUUUGAUUACUUUACGCAUGGUGCUAAGCAUGAUGGUUAAAGGUAACCAGUAAAGUAAGUGUAUAAUCAGGAGCUAUCUAUCUCUAAUACCAAGGCACAGAGUAGAGUAGAUAGUAGAAACUUGCGAG